UUCCACCUUGAGGGCAAGGUGGAUUUGGAAACCGGGGGUAUUGAUAGGCUCCAAUCAACCUCGUGCAUUCUAGAAGGACCUAGAAGAAGAAGAACUUGAAAGUGGUGGAAAACUAGUCUGUUGGAGAGUAAAAAUGGGAGGGAAAAUGAGUUACAAGUAGCUUAUAAAUAAGGAAGAGUUGGAGGAGAAGAGGGAGGAGAAAAUUGGGUAGUCACUUAGGAGAGAAUUGGCUCUCUCGAAAAGCCAAAUACCGUUGUUCUUCUUUUAUUUCCUUGUUUUCCAAUUUCUGAAUCUGCUCCACUUCCAGCAGGGUUCUAUCAGAGACCAAGACACAUGGAGGAAUAUUUUGUCAUAAACAGACACCAUACAGAAAAUGAAUCAUUUCAGUCUGUGCUAUUCCUUGAAAUAAAGGUUGUGGUUUUGAUGCUUACUGUCUUGUAUCUUCUGUUGCUAUAUGGUUUGUAUGUUCCUGACUGGGAGUAUCAGAUUCCAAUUGAAGCAUCUUCUUCUGCAAAAGUAUACUCGGUGAAAUGUGGUGUACAUGGAGACACUGGACCAGCAUGUAAUGCUGUUGGUAUGAUCGAUCGCAAAAUUUUGGGUAUUCAUCACUUAUAUAGAAGGCCAAUCUAUGCACGCACAAAACAAUGUAGUAUCAACUCCCCAGAUUAUGGUCCACUUCCUCCUGAUGCUCCUUCAUGGUGCCAAGCCCCUUUUGACCCUGAAGGGAUUUUAAGUACAGUGAUGGCUACAGUCUCUUGCUUGCUCGGUUUGCAAUAUGGGCACAUUAUUGUCCAUUUUAAGGAUCAUAAAACUAGACUGUUGCAGUGGUUUGUCCACUCAUGUGGUCUUGUGGCUUUGGCUGGACACAGAAUUUGGAAGCAAGGAGAAUUCAUAAUUUAGAUGAGUUAUAUUCCUGUGGAACUUCCGUUGAAGAUCAUUAUUUAGAUUUCACCCCUUCCGCUUAUUCCAAAUAUGUUCUGAAAUCUGACGAUGAGAAUGUUAUCAUUGAUAGUUUGGGGGAUUAUAUUAACCUUGUAGUUGUUGCUCCCGUGGUGACUAGCAUUUUGUGGCAAAUGGGAGCAUGUAGAUAUGGCUUUAAUCAGAAUUUUGACGCCUCAACUCUUCAGAUAUUUCCAUCACAGGAGUUGGACUAUCUGCUCUUUGGCUGCAGAGAGCCAUGGAAAGUCAAGACCCUUAUUGAUCAUACGAAAUUGGAUCAUGAAUACAGAAGUCCGGGUAUCAUCAAUAUAUUUGAGAUUGUGAGGGAGUUCACCCUUGAGCAGCAACAAACCUUCAAUCAGUUUGUUAAUGGUGCUCCAUGGCUUCCACCUGGUGGUAUGGCAGUGCUGAACGAGUUAGGGUGCUGGGCAGCAGCAAUCAAGUAUACUUUCCACCUUGAGGGCAAGGUGGAUUUGGAAACCGGGGGUAUUGAUAGGCUCCAAUCAACCUCGUGCAUUCUAGAAAGACCUAGAAGAAGAAGAACUUGAAAGUGGUGGAAAACUAGUCUCUUGGAGAGUAAAAAUGGGAGGGAAAAUGAGUUACAAGUAGCUUAUAAAUACGGAAGAGCUGGAGGAGAAGAGGGAGGAGAAAAUUGGGUAGUCACUUAGGAGAGAAUUGGCUCUCUCGAAAAGCCAAAUACCGUUGUUCUUCUUUUAUUUCCUUGUUUUCCAAUUUCUGAAUCUGCUCCAAUUCCAGCAGGUUCAUAUCCAUUUUAUUUACAGUUCAAGAGUAAGAUAAUUCAAUUACGUUUAAGUCUAUUUCCGGUUCCCUCAAUUUGUCUCAAGAGUAUUGUGUGAAGUGAGAUUAUUGUAGGGUUCUAUCAGUCAUCUGAUGUAUAAACACCCUUCCCUCCUCCCAAAAUGGGUGAGAGAUGAGCUAAAUAUGAAAGAUGAUCUAUUUGAUUUGUUGGCAAUGUAUGCCUGUUAAAUGUUCCAUUCUGUGCUCAUGUAUGUAUAUUGUGAAAUAAAAACCUCCUUUAGAUUGACAUGUUUCGUUGGUGUCUGAAGUUCCUUCUUCGACCGUUUGAUGUUCUAACUUGUUCAUUUUAUGAU